AUGUGCAAGCAGGACCGGCUUCUCUUCCGGUGCAUCGUGCCCAUGAUUUGUGUCUAUGCCGUGGAGUACCACUUGCCACAGCGCGUUGCCGCACAAUUUGGUAAGGUGCAACACACACCACCAACCGUCAUCGUCCGCGAUACCGGUGGCUACGACCUACACCUGAUGAGCAGGCAGAAGAAUCAAUCAAUCACGGAUUGGGAAGCCGAAAAUGCGAGAUACGUGCAUGAAUGGAACGAGUGGAAAACACGCAAAGACACGGAGAGGAGAGUGAUUGACUGGGACGACUACGAGGAUCACAUGUUGUGGUACGACGAUGGCAUCAAGCAUCGUCUGCGUCUGAGGCCCCAAUGGACGACAGCAGAUGCCGAAGACCUGUUCGAUGAUGCCUCAGAGAAUGAAGCCUACAACGAGAGCAUCAGACAGCUUCAAGGCGGGUUUAGGGAGUACAGACCCCUCAUGAACAGAGUGGUAUGUUGUUUUUACCUCUUUCGAACCACAGCAUGUGAAAUCAGCUUUUCGUGCUAUUGA